AUGGAUAUGGACCCGUCGUUCAUCGUGACCCAGUCGCCGGACGUGGCAGUGGUGGCGUCCGGGGGCUCUGCAACCCUGCAGUGCGACAUAGCGGAGCUCUACUCCUGGUGUUCGCAUGUGGUAUGGCUGAAGCUGGACCGGAGGAGGCCCAUGAUGUUACAGGUGACCGACAGAAUCAAAAUGGUCAACCCAAACGAUGGCAUGGACGGCUCGUGGGUCAACGUUUGUCGGGCGACCUUGCCAGAGGUCACAAUUGAUGAUGCAGGCAUCUAUUACUGUGUGUUGUCACAAGGUCGCUUCGCACACGUUGGGAAUGGAACACGACUCAUGGUAACAGAGUCAAACAGCACCUUCCCAUCUCCCUCCAUUGAGAUCAUCCCACCCAUGGCCUACACCUCCACAGUGCCUCUUCUGUGCCUGGUGUCUGGCAUCAGCCCGUCCCAGGCCCACGUCUUCUGGGUGAUCAGCGGACGCGUGGAGAGUGGAUGGACAGAUUCUGACCUGGAGGAUGCCGGUGAAUGUGAACCACUGAAAAGGCUCACCCGGAACCAGGUCCUGGUUCCCUUGGAGGAGUGGGAGAGGGGGGUUCAGUGUGCCUGCGUGGUGGAAGUUGCUGGACUGAGCUUCAACAAAACACUGCAGAGAGAUGAGCAAAUAACUCAACAGAACAGAACCUUAUUUGUAUUGUAA